AUGCGCACUGAGCUGACCAAUCAGCGAGGAGCGCGGGAAGCCAGGUCGGGUCUCUUUCCAACAGAGUCUUGUGGUGCCAGCGUCUGUUCAGGGGUCGCCUGUAGCUUCCCAGGACGGCCAGCCAUGGCACCCGUCAGCAGGAAGCGCAGCAGGAGGGCUGCCAAGGCCCAGUUGAAGGUUCAAGUUAUGGCCGCCCACGAGAAGGAGCAUGCAGGAAAGGAUCCAAUAAGCGAUGAGCGUGAGGAGAGAAAUCCUUUUACAGAAACAGGGGAGGAAGAUGUAACUACUGGGCAUGGCGAAAUAGAACCUUUUGCUGAAACAGAUGAACACAAGGGGGUUGAUACCAAGAAGCCAGAAGAUACUGCAGCUGGCAUUAGCGAGGAUCUUGCUGCAAAAAGAAAAAGGACUGAAAUGGAUACAGAGGCUCGCCGCAAAGCAAAGAAAAAAAGUAAACGUGCUUUGAGGAAAAAACAACUUAUAAAGCAGAAACGUGAUUAUAAACAUUCUCUGAAGUUGCUGAAUGUCCUUGAUGAAUGCAUCACAGAUGAGCAGAAACAUGAAGAAGAAGAAGAGGGAGAAGAAGAAGAACUGAUUAAAAUAUUUCAAGAACAACAGAAGAGGUGGUACCGAUAUAGAAGUCUUAGGAGAGAGAGACUGACAGCGAUGAAGCUGCUACGUGAGCAAUUCAUAAAGGUUAUCAAGAAGUUUGAAGACUAUUGUCGUGAAGUUUUUUCUGAUGAAGACAGUGAAUUUGAUAACUAGCCAUGUUUUUAAAUUUUGUCAGAGACUCUGUAGGAAGAGUUGGCCCUUAGUUGUCUCUCCAACCUCAGUUAUGCUGAUGACUGAAGGAACUUGAACCUGUUACAUGAUACAAGCGUAAUUUGAACUACACUAAACCACAUGACAAUGUUUUGAUAAUUCUUGUGCAAAUCAGUUUAUCUUCUCUAUCAUUUUUCUGUUUGUUAAAUGCCAGACCUUGUUUCUAUGAUCUGUUGAAUGAACCCUAGACACUUCUGUGAGAAAGCAGCAAUUGCACAGUUACGUACAUGGUCAAUUAAAUUUUAACAUUAAAGAUCAUUUAAA